CCAAUCUUACAGUGGCUCUACUGAAUUCCUGGAACUUCCAUCCUUCCUCUCAACCGCCAAAUUCCCGCUUCUACCGCCUCUCCCAUUCAAAACCAUCCUUUAAUUAAUUAACAUCCUUCCCUUCCCUUCCCCACCCCACCAAUCAAUUUCUCCAUAUCCUCGUUCGUUUUCUGAAUCAUCUCUGCUCGAUCUCCGGCGGAGAUCGCAACCGGCGGCACAUGCCUGAGAUCGGAAAUGCUACACCCCUUUCCCGCCAGACUCCAGUAGACUCCACAAUGGACAAGGCUCUGUUCGGCAAGUAUGAGCUCGGAAAGCUGCUCGGCUGCGGCGCCUUCGCCAAGGUCUACCACGCCCGGGACAUCGCCACCGGCCAGAGCGUCGCCAUCAAGGUCAUCAACAAGUCCAAGAUCAUGGGCUCCGCCUUAAUGUCUAACGUCAAGCGCGAGAUCUCAAUCAUGCGCCGCCUGCGCCACCCCAACAUCGUCAAGCUCUACGAGGUCCUCGCCACCAAGACCAAGAUCUACUUCGUCAUGGAGUUCGUCAAAUGCGGCGAGCUCUUCGCCAAGGUCGCCAAGGGUCGCCUCACCGAGGACCUCAGCCGCAAGUACUUCCAGCAACUCAUCUCCGCCGUCGGCUACUGCCACGCCCGCGGCGUCUUCCACCGCGAUCUCAAGCCUGAAAACCUCCUCCUCGAUGAGAACGGCGAUCUCAAGGUCUCCGACUUCGGCCUCAGCGCCGUCUCCGGCCAGGUCCAUCAGGACGGCUUGCUGCACACGCUCUGCGGCACGCCGGCUUACGUGGCGCCGGAGAUUCUCCGAAAGAAGGGCUAUGACGGGGCGAAGGUCGACGUCUGGUCCUGCGGAAUCAUCCUCUUCGUCUUGACCGCCGGUUAUCUACCGUUCAACGAUCCGAAUCUCAUGGGGAUGUACAAGAAGAUCUACAAGGGAGAUUUCCGGUGCCCGAAGUGGAUGUCGCCGGAUCUCAAACGCUUCCUCCACCGCCUCCUCGACGUCAAUGCCGACAAGCGGCUCACGAUCGACCAGAUCACGCGCCACUCCUGGUUCAAGAAAGACCUCCAGGAAAUCAGCUUCUACGAGGAAGAGCCGAUGAUGAAAGCCGCGAUCGGAGAAAAAAACAGUCCGUUCCUCCUCAGCGCAUUCGACCUAAUCUCCUUCUCGUCCGGUCUAAACCUGUGCGGUCUAUUCGAGGACGACACGGAGCGCAGCCAGCGGUUCGUGUCGGCCGUCUCGCCGGAGCGAAUCAUCGAAAAAGUGGAGGAUCUGGUGAAGGUCGAAAACGGUAUCGAGCUGAGGAAGAAGGAAGAAUGGGGAGUGGAAAUAGCAGGGGUUAACGGGAACUUAGCAAUCAGCUUGGAGAUUUGCCGCCUGAGCGAGGAUUUGGUAGUUGUGGAAGUUAGGCAGAAGGGGGGUGGCAGUAGUAGCUGUCAGUACAACGAGGAGUGGAAGAAUAAGAUUGAGAGGGAGCUGAUGAUUUCGGUAGCCGGGGUGUGAACCAUGCGCGCGGGGGAAGGGGGACCCCUCCUCCCCUGGCUAGCAGCUCCAUCGAUCUGGUUUUGUUGUGCGAAUUAAGUAAUUAAUUAAGGUUGUAGAUUCUGCAAAUAUGAUAUAAUUUAUACAUAUAUUUGCCCAAGUAACAUAACAGGCAUAUAUAUAUAUAUAGAACAAUUUGAGGGCGGGAUUUAACAUUAAUUAAUUAGUAAUCAUAAUCUUGUUGUAUAUGUCUGUUUUGGCAGCAGCAGCAGCAGCAUCUGCUAAGAGAAAUUAAGGGAUAUAUAUAUACGCACACACAUUUCAUU